AUGCGUGCAGCCGUAUUGACUUUUUCCCUUUCUUCAGCAGCAGGUGAUGCUUCGGCUGCUGUUGCGAUUCAUCAACAGGAUGUGCCUGUUGCGAGCAGUCCACGUGGUGAGUCAACACGUGCGACAGGUACAUCCGCUGCGUCUGCAGCGGGUGCUAUGAAUCGCAAUGCGGAUGAGCCUGAAAUAGAGCUCAUCUAUUUUGGCCAGUCGGAUGAUGUAUCCGACUCGAAGGCGACACCUCACGCCUCCGGGUCACCCGUGCGGACACUGCAAGAGCCAGGUUGA